AGUAGUAGAUUAAUAAAGUGUACUGCGUAACUAUAUCAUCUAGAUUAUUCUAGAUUAAUAGAUCUAAUUACAUUCCAAUUCAUGCUUUUUUAAAUAUGUUUUUUGUUAUAUAUAUAGCCACAAGAUAGAACAAUUAAAGCUGUCCUUGGCGGCGGCGUCACUCAAUAAAGAGUCAUUGAACCACCAUAAAAUAAAUGACACUAUGAACUUUGCUCCGUGGUCUAAAAUAAAACGUAUUUAUAUAAGAGUAUAUUAUAUAUAGAGAGUCUAGUCUAGAUCUAGGUCCUAUACUGGCUAUACUGGCUAUAGACUACAUAAACUAGUACAAAAGUACGAGCUUCGCGAAAUCAGUUCAAGGUUAUAGAUCAAGAUAUGAUUUAGACCUAUAACUAUAGAUCAAGUAGUAAUAAGUUGUGCAUCUCCUCUCUUCGUCUACGUGUUGGAUGUAAAUUUAUUGUGUUUAGCACAAACUCUAAACACUCUUGGCUUUGGAAGACAUGGCAUCAGACGACGAGACAUUACGCAAAGGAGUCCGUCAGAGUUUAGAAAGUUGGGUCAGAAAGCUUGAAUGUAAUGGGGAUAUUGAAAAGCAACAUUUCUUUAAAAAGAAAUUUGUCAAUAGUUUAGGUGCUGCACCAAUUGCAACACACACAGAGCUAGCCAAUGAACAACAUUAUGAAGUUCCGACAGAGUUUUUUCUUGAGGUAUUAGGUAAGAGACUUAAAUACAGCGGAUGUGUUUGGCCAGAAGGAGUUAGUACUCUUGAUGAAGCUGAAGAUGCAACACUUGCUUUGUAUUGUGAAAGGGCGCAGUUACAAGAUGGUCACGCUGUUAUGGAUCUAGGUUGUGGUUGGGGUUCUUUAACUCUUUACAUCCUAGAAAAAUUUCCCAACUGCAAAGUAACUUGUGUGUCCAACUCAAGCACACAGCGAGCAUCUAUUCAGGAGAGAGCAGAGAAGCUAGGUUAUGCUGCAAGACUUCAGGCCAUUACUGCAGAUGCCAACACAUUUACAACAAAUGAGCAGUUUGAUAGGAUCAUAUCUAUUGAAAUGUUUGAGCACAUGAAGAACUAUAAAGCCCUUUUCCACAAAGUGUCAUCAUGGAUGAAACCCAAUGGGUUACUUUUUGUCCAGAUUUUCUGUCAUAAACACAGUCCUUAUGCUUUUGAUAUCAAACCUGGCUCAGACACAGAAUGGAUGGCCAAAAAUUUCUUUACUGGUGGAACUAUGCCUUCCUCUGACCUAUUUUUGUUUUUUCAGAAUGAUAUCAAUCUAGUAGACUGGUGGGUAGUCAACGGCACUCACUACACUAAGACUUUAGAUGCCUGGCUGGCCAAGAUGGAUGCCAGCAAGGCCAAAGUGGAAGAGCUGUUUGCCAAGCACUAUGGGAAUGAUGCUGCACAGCAGACGUUCAACUGGAGGCUUUUCUUCAUUUUUUGCUCAGAGGUUUUCCAAUACAAGAAUGGAAAUGAAUGGCACAUAUUACAUCAGCUUUUUAACAAAAAAUUAGCUAGUGCUCUAUGAAACCAUUCUUUUCUAUAUUUACUCUGAUAAAGAAUCAGCUUCAUUAACUCCUUCUCUCCUAAUUGACAAUAGCAGAGCCUUCAUUCCCCUUUAACUCUAUACCAAAUAAAACAUUUUCUGACAAACAAAAACUUUAUUGAAGCUUAACCAUAACAGGGUAGUGAAAUACUACUGAGCAAAAGGAAGAGUCCCGUGCAAACGUGGAAAAUAAUUACGGAGAGAAAGAGUUAACAAUGGAAAACUUAAUUACAUUUUAUAAAUGUCAUUCAGGCAUUCUUAUUACCUCAUAGGACACAAUGAUUAACUAAUUAUUACAUUUUAUAAUUGUAUUCAUACAAUGAAGUGAUUCAAUUUUUUUAUUCAUGAUUGAACAAUUUUACUGUGAUUUCAAUUUGCAUUUUCUAUGCUGCCAUUUUUUAAACACAAAAAAAAAAGCUUAAGCCUUUGUUACAAUGUUACAACAGAAAGAUGCAUGUUCAAAACUUGUACGUUUUGUCUUGUUUUUCAUGCUAUGAACUUUUCUCUAAUUAUGAAAAUAUUUUUUAUAUGUGCCAUAUAUAAUAAAUUAAUUAUAUUUCUAAA